CCCCGCGCGCGCCGCCGCCGCCGAGUCCCCGCGCCUCCAAGAUGCCCGGGCAGCGGCGGGGAGGCUCCCGCGGGCCGCCGGCUCCUCACCCCCGUGCCCGGCUCUCCGCGCAGGAUCGGGGCUGCGCUCGCUGAAGAUGGAAACGCUGGAGUCGGAGCUGACCUGCCCAAUCUGCCUGGAGCUGUUCGAGGACCCGCUGCUGCUGCCGUGCGCGCACAGCCUGUGCUUCAGCUGCGCGCACCGCAUCCUGCUGUCCGGCUGCUCCGGGGACGGCCUGGAGCCCGCGGCCUUCCAGUGCCCCACCUGCCGCCAUGCCAUCCCCCUCAGCCCGCGCGGCCUGGAGGGGCUGCGCCGCAACGUGACCCUGCAGAACAUCAUCGACCGCUUCCAGAAGGCGUCGCUGAGCGGGCCCGGCUCGCCGAGCGAGAGCCGGCGCCCCGCGGGCCGCGGCCCCGCCAUGUCGGGGGGCGAGCGGCACCCCGAGCGCGUCCCCUGCCAGUUCUGCGAGCAGGAGCCGCCCCGCGACGCCGUCAAGACGUGCGUGACCUGCGAGGUGUCGUACUGCGAGCGCUGCCUGCGCGCCACGCACCCCAACAAGAAGCCCUUCACCAGCCACCGGCUGCUGGAGCCCGUGCCCGACGCGCAGCUGCGCGGCCUGGCCUGCCUGGAGCACGAGGGCGAGCGCGUCAGCAUGUACUGCCUCAGCGACGAGCAGCUCAUCUGCGCCCUCUGCAAGCUCGUGGGCCGCCACCGCGAGCACCAGGUGGCCUCGCUCAGCGAGCGCUUCGACAAGCUCAAGCAAACCCUGGAGACAAAUCUCACCAACCUGGUGAAACGCAACAGCGAGCUGGAGAACCAGAUGGCCAAGCUGAUCCAGAUCUGCCAGCAGGUGGAGGUGAACACAGCCAUGCACGAGGCCAAGCUGAUGGAGGAGUGUGACGAGCUGAUGGAGAUCAUCCGCCAGCGCAAGCAGGUCAUCGCUGUCAAGAUCAAGGAGACCAAGGUGAUGAAGCUGCGCAAGCUGGCCCAGCAGGUCGCCAACUGCCGGCAGUGCCUGGAGCGCUCCACCGUGCUCAUCAACCAGGCCGAGCACAUCCUCAAGGAGAGCGACCACGCUCGCUUCCUGCAGACGGCCCGGAACGUGGCUGAGAGGGUCGCCAUGGCAACUGCAUCCUCUCAAGUCCUGAUACCAGAUAUCAAUUUUAAUGAUGCCUUUGAAAACUUUGCUCUGGAUUUUUCCAGAGAGAAGAAGCUGCUGGAGGGGCUGGAUUAUCUGACAGCGCCCAACGCGCCCUCGGUGCGCGAGGAGCUGUGCACGGCCUCCCACGACACCAUCACCGUGCACUGGAUCUCCGAGGACGAGUUCAGCGUCAGCUCCUACGAGCUCCAGUACACCAUCUUCACUGGCCAGGCCAACUUCAUCAGCCUGUACAACUCCAUGGACAGCUGGAUGAUCGUGCCCAACAUCAAGCAGAACCACUACACGGUGCACGGGCUGCAGAGCGGCACCCGCUACAUCUUCCUGGUGAAAGCCAUCAACCAGGCUGGCAGCAGGAGCAGCGAGCCCGCCCGCCUCAGGACCAACAGCCAGCCCUUCAAGCUGGACCCCAAGCUGGCCCACAAGAAGCUGAAGAUCUCCAACGACGGGCUGCAGAUGGAGAAGGACGAGAGCUCCCUGAAGAAGAGCCACACGCCCGAGCGCUUCAGCGGCACCGGCUGCUACGGCGCGGCCGGCAACGUCUGCAUCGACAGCGGCUGCCACUACUGGGAGGUGGUGCUGGGCUCCUCCACGUGGUACGCCAUCGGCGUGGCCUACAAGUCGGCGCCGCGGAACGAGUGGGUGGGCAGGAACUCGUCGUCGUGGGUGCUGUGCCGCUGCAGCGGCAGCCUGGUGGCGCGGCACAACUGCAAGGAGCAGCCGGUGGAGGCGCCGGCGCAGCUGAAGCGCCUGGGCGUGCUGCUGGACUACGACAACAACGCGCUCUCCUUCUACGACCCCGCCGGCGGCCUGCACCUGCACACCUUCCAGGUGUCCUUCCUGCUGCCCGUCUGCCCCACCUUCACCCUGGGCAACAAGUCCCUGGUCAUCCUGUCGGGGCUGCCCGCGCCCGACUUCAUCGAGUGCCCCGAGCAGCAGGAGUGCAACUGCCGGCCCCACGAGUCGCCCUACGUGUCGGGGGGCAAGGCCUGCCACUAGGGCACCUCUGGGUGGCACCUGGCACUGGGUGACAGCCUGGCACCGGGGGGCAAGGCCUGCCACUAGGGCACCUCUGGGUGGCACCUGGCACUGGGUGACAGCCUGGCACCGGGGGGCAAGGCCUGCCACUAGG